AUGUCCACCUUUUCCCGCCCCGUUGCAUCCGACCAGGUCCGCCACCUGGCCCUGCGUGCUGUGGCCGGGGUGACCCGACUAUCUUGCCGGACGCGGCCGAGAGUCCUCGUUGCGUCUGCCAAUCGUGCCUUCGCGACGUCGCCCUGCCGCUGGACCACCGCCGAGCUGACGGCCCCGAACGGCAGGACAUGGUCCCAGCCCCUCGGCCUCUUUAUCAACAAUGCCUUUGUCCAGAGUUCCAGCGGCCAAACACUGACCACCACCAACCCAUUCGACGAGGAGGACAUUUGCUCCGUCUCUGCCGCCACACCCGAAGAUGUCGAUAGCGCCGUCGCCGCCGCGCGUGCCGCUUUCCAGCAUCCCUCGUGGAAGCGUAUCUCCGGCACCGACCGCGGGUACCUGAUGAUGAAACUUGCGGACCUUGUCGACGCCAACCUGGAAACUCUGGCCACCAUUGAGACCCUCGACAACGGCAAACCCUACUCGGUGUGUCGCGAUUACGACGUGCCGCAUUUUUCAGAGGUCAUUCGCUACUAUGCCGGGUAUGCCGACAAGAUUCACGGCCAGACGAUGGACCUCGGUCCGGACAAGCUGGCGUACACGAUUAAGGAGCCGCUCGGGGUGUGUGGUCAAAUCAUUCCCUGGAACUACCCCUUGUGUAUGAGUGCCUGGAAGUUGGGGCCCGCGCUGAGCUGUGGCAAUACAGUUGUGUUGAAGCUGGCUGAGCAGACGCCGCUUUCCAUGUUGUAUGUUGCCCGGCUGAUCAAGGAGGCCGGAUUUCCUCCUGGUGUGAUUAAUGUGCUGAAUGGAUACGGCCACGACGCUGGCGCUGCCCUUGCUAGACACCCGGGGGUCGACAAGCUUGCCUUCACUGGUAGUACGACCACGGGUAGGGAGAUUAUGAAGCUCGCCGCCGGCACUCUGAAGAACAUCACGCUCGAGACCGGUGGCAAGUCGCCACUGAUCGUCUUCCACGACGCCGACCUCGACCAGGCGGCCAAGUGGUCGCAUGAGGGUAUCAUGAGCAACCAGGGACAAGUCUGCACGGCGACCUCGCGCAUCCUUGUCCAUGAAGAUGUCUACGACGCGUUUAUCGCAAAGUUCACCGCAAAAGUCCGCGACAUUUCUGUCGUCGGUGACCCCUUCGACGAAGCUACCUACCAAGGGCCGCAGAUCACUCGUGCACAGUACGACCGUGUCUUGGAGUAUGUCCAGUCAGCAAAGGACGAAGGCGCGACGAUCGCCAUGGGCGGUGCUCCGGCCCCGCAGGCAUCGGGAAAGGGCUUCUUCGUGCAGCCGACUGUGUUUACGGACGUGAAGACGUCGAUGCGGGUCUACCGCGAGGAGAUAUUCGGACCGUGUGCCACCGUCGUGAAGUUCCGCACCGAGGAGGAGGCGCUGGAAAUGGCCAACGACUCGGUGUACGGGCUGGGCGCCGCGGUGUUCACCACGGACCUGGCGAGGGCGCACCGCGUUGCGAGAGAGAUCGAGGCCGGCAUGGUGUGGGUAAACAGCAGCAACGACUCCGACUUUAGGGUGCCGUUUGGCGGAGUGAAGCAGAGUGGCAUUGGGAGAGAACUGGGGGAGGCCGGGCUGUCGGGAUACUGUAAUGUGAAAGCGGUGCAUGUCAACUUGACUAGUGGGUAG